AUGCCACUCACCAUCGAACCCCUCCAUCCCACCUUCGCAGCAGAGAUCCGCGGGGUAAACUUCUCCAAGCCGCUGACAGAAGACGUCUUCCAAGAAAUCCAAGCUGCCAUCACAAAGUAUGGAGUCCUAGUAUUCCCAGCAACAGGCCUAGACGACAAACGCCACGUCGCCUUCGCCAGCCUCUUCGGCGAACUCGAACGCCGCAAAGACACCGGCGGGCCUUCGCGGAUGAGUCUGCCCGAGUUGACGGACCAGGGUAACGUCGACGCCAACGGCAACGUCAUCAGUUCUCAAGAUCCGCGUGCUCAGAUCAGCAAGGGAAACACGCUCUUCCAUGUCGACAGCAGCUUCAACGCCCAGAGAGCAAGCUACUCAGUCCUCUUGGCCCACGAGGUUCCCCCCUUGGAGGCGGGUGGCAAUACCGACUUCGCCGAUACGCGGGCGGCGUGGGAUGGGCUCCCCGAGGAGUUGAAGCAGGAACUCAUUUCCAAGGAUUAUGUCGCCGGCCAUUCGUUCUGGUAUUCCCGCAAAAAGGCGUGUCCAGACUUCUUUACGAAGCUCGAGCCGGCGAAGCAUCCAAUGUCUAAACACAAGAUCGCCCAGCUCCAUGAGGCCAGCGGAAGGAUGAACCUGUUUGUGCCGUCGCACUGUCACCACAUUGAAGGUCUCGAUGGUGAUGAAGGGAGGGAGAAGCUGGAGUACCUUUACCGCCACGCCACGCAGGACAAGUUUGUGGUUUCGGUUCCGUGGAAGCAAGUGGGCGAUCUAGUCAUGUGGGAUAACACUUGUACUCUCCAUCGAGGGACGCCAGUGGUCGGAGGCCAUAGGAGGGAUAUGAGGAGGGCGACGGUGCUGGAUGGCAGCCAGGAGGCUUGGGGCCUGAACGAGAAGGUAGAGAGGGACUUUACGUUUGCGGGUGAAGUUAUGGCCGACGUGUUUCGAUGUUUGUCUGGUUGA